GUGAGAGAGUACAUGUGCUUUGAGUGUGAAAAGACUUUUACUACAGCUGCACAUUUAAAACAGCAUGAGAGGAUUCAGACUGGAGAGAAACCUUACGUGUUUACACUGUGACAAGAGAUUCAGUCAGUCAACACAUCUGAAAACACAUGAGAGGAUCCACACUGGAGAAAAACCGUACACAUGUAAUCAGUGCGGGAAGAAUUUUUCACGGAAAGGAAUCCUUAUGACACAUAUGAGAAUUCAUACAGGAGAGAAACUGUACACAUGUAAUCAAUGUGGAAAGAGUUUGAAAUGCAAAUAUAGUCUUGAGCGUCACAUGAGAGUUCAUACUGGAGAGAAACCGUACACUUGUGAUCAGUGCGGGAAGAAUUUUGCACGGAAAGGAAUCCUUAUGACACAUAUGAGAAUUCAUACAGGAGAGAAACUGUACACAUGUAAUCAAUGUGGAAAGAGUUUGAUUAGCAAAUAUAGUCUUGAGCUUCACAUGAGAGUUCAUACUGGAGAGAAACCGUACACUUGUGAUCAGUGUGGGAAGAGUUUCACACAAUCAUUACACCUUAAGAAACACAUGAAGAUCCACACCGGAGAGAAACUGUACACAUGUGAUCAGUGCAGCAAAACAUUUUUGAGGGCUUCAGACCUGAAGACACACCUGGGAGGUCAUACAAAGGAGAAGCCACAUUCAUGUUCUUUGUGUGGAAAGAGUUUUUCACGUUUUUCAACAUUGAAAGAACAUCAGAAAAUACAUACUGCUGUGAGAGAGUUCGUGUGCUUUCAGUGUGAAAAGACUUUUACUUCAGUGAAGUGUUUAAAACAGCAUGAGAGGAUCCACACUGGAGAGAAACCUUAUAAG